AAAUUGUGAAUCAAUUUAUAGGAGUUGGAGACAUUUGCAGAAUAAGAGUUGCAGAAAAUGUGCUUGUUUUAUUUGUUUUAAGAAUGCUUUGUAUCAGUGGAUAUUUUCCUUUUUUUCCUAAGAGGAAAGUUUGGGGCCAGUCUUAAACAUUGAGGAAGGGUCAUGCGGACUCGAAACGUUGACUCUGUUUCUCUCUCCACAGAUGCUGCUAACUCUGCUGAGUUUUUCCAGCAUUUUCUGUCCUAGUCUCAAGCAUUGCCUUUUGUUUCUGGCUUUAAACCGGGGAUAAAACUAUAAGUCCCAGCGUGCUCUGCGUUGUCACGCAGGCGCAGUGACUGUUUCGGGUGUUUGGCAGUAGUUCCUUUUCUGGUGGGACAAACUGCAAUGGCUUCCAGGAUAUCAUUCUCACAGUACAAGUUAGAAGCAGAAAUAGAAAAGUGCAGAGGAGAAUGUCAGUGGGACAAAGUUCAAAACCUUGUGAAGCAACUGCCUCCCAAAACUUCGGAGAAUGAUGAUUUUGGAAACCUGCUGCUUGCUGAAGCCCUCCUGGAACAGUGCCUCAAGGAAAACACAAGCAAGCUGAAAGAUUGCACUCCGCUAAUGGAAAAGAAUGAACCCAAAAUGAGAGACGCCAAAAAGCACUUGAGCAGUAUAUUAAACAGAGGCAAACUGCAACACAAUCUGAUGACUGAAGCCAUUCUUACCUUAGCAAAACUGCAUUUUGUGGAGGGGUCAUAUCGUGAUGCGCUCAGCAUGUAUGCCCGCAUAGGAUUCGAUGACCUUUGUAUUGAAGAUGAACCACUUUAUAAGAAAAGACUGUUAGCAGAAGCCUCAGUUAUUAAAGGCUUGUCUCUCGAGCGGCAGGCUUCAUCUGUUACCUCACGGGUUCGCCUGUUUGAACGAGAGGAGGAGAUAAUGUCAUGUUUUGAGAAAGCUGGUGACAUUGCUCUGGUCUAUUUACAAGAAGGAGAGCGGGCCAUGAUCAGCACUCACUCUAGAGCUACAAAGGGGAAUGUGCCUGUUCAGGAGAUGGAGCUCACUUACUUUCUUGAAGCUGCAUUGCAAAGUGCUUAUGUGCAUUACUUCAAAAAAGGGAACAUAGUCAAGGGAGUAAAACGAAUUCGGGAAACACUAAGAGCUGUAGAAACGAGAGCCACACAGAAUUUCAGAAUGACAAUAGCCAAGCAACUGGCUGAGGUGCUUCUGCACAAUCUGUGCGAGGACAGUUACUGGAAUCCAUUUUCAGACCCACCUCCUGAUCUGCUCAAAAAUGAGGACAGUGGCCCUUUUCUGACCACGCUAACCACCGGUCCUCAACUCUAUCAAGGAGACAAUCUCUUCUGCCCACGGGACAUUGUUGAAGAAGUACUCCUACUCCUUCUAAUCAGCGAGUCAAUGGCAAAUCGAGAUGGUGUAAUAAGUCGUGCGCCAGACCAGAGAGAGGACCGCAGCAUCAGCUUCCAGAAUGCCUCUGCCUUGUAUGACCUCUUGAGCAUAACUAUGGGCAGAAGGGGACAGUAUGAAAUGCUCUCAGAAUGUUUGGAGAGAGGGAUGAAGUUUGCAUUCGAUGAAUUCCACCUGUGGUAUCAGUUAGCACUUUCACUGGUAGCUUGUGGCAAGUCAACUUGGGCUGUUUCUGCUCUCAGAGAGUGUGCACAACUCCAUCCCAAUGAUCCAAGCAUACCACUCAUGGCUGCCAAGGUCUGCAUUGGAUCUCUGCAAUGGCUAGAAGGAGAGCGGUUUUGCAAGAUUGUAACAACUAUGGGGGAAGAAGCUGGUGAAUUUCUUACCAAGGGCUACCUGGGCCUAGGGCUGGCCUACAGUCUCCAAGCUACAGAUGCUACAUUAAGGAGCACCCGAGAUAAACUCCACAAGAAAGCAUUGGAAGCUCUCAAAAGAGCACACAACUUGGAUUCUGAUGAUCAUCGGAUUGCUUUAUACCUAUCCCUGCAAUUGGCGUUCAACAGGCAGAUCUCUGAAGCUAUUGAACAGUUACACGUAGCACUUAAGCUCAGGAAUGAUGACAUGCAUUCUCUCCACUUGCUGGCACUUCUGUUUUCUGCCAAAAAGCAUUAUCAACGUGCUCUGGAAGUCAUCAACAUGGCAGUCAAUGAAUACCCAGAAAACGUCAGUUUACUUCACACUAAAGUCAAACUUGAGGCAGUUCACAAAGGACCCGAGGAAGCUCUUGAAACCUGCAAACACAUGUUAAACGUGUGGCAGACAACACACACAUCACACUUCAGUGACUGCGACAAAGAUAGCAGUCUAGCUGAGGGAGUGCUGACCGAGAAAAGGAGCACUGUUCCAAGUAGUGUAGUUGAGGGCACAGCAGCUGAGAAGCGAAGCACUGUUCAUCUCACUUUUCCUGAUUUUCACGAGGCUGAUUCAGGUUCUCUGCAUGUCCCAUCAGUUGCCGCUUCCCGAAUCGAACUGGCCAUGUCUGAUGAGUCUGCACAUAGCAUCACUGUAAAACAUGCCCCAAAGCAGCUGUCCGUCCUUCUGGAGCAAGUUUGGCUGCAGGCAGCUGAACUUUUUAUCGAGCUACAAAGGACCAAAGAAGCCUCCUUCUGCAUCCAAGAGGCAGCAAAUCUUUUCUCUAUGUCACAUGAUGUAAUGUUUAUGCGUGGGAGGCUGGCAGAGGUGACAGGUAACUUGAAGGGAGCCAAGCACUUUUAUGAUGAGACUCUCGCCAUGUAUCCAAGAAGUGCAAAGAUCAUGGAACACUUGGGAAGGACGCUGCACAAAAUGGGCCGGAGUAGCUUGGCAGAGAAGUUUCUGAGAGAUGCUGUUCAGGCUGAGCCGACGUCCCACGAGGCCUGGAACAGUUUGGGGGAGGUGGUGCAAAGCCAAGGGAAAAAUGAAGAAGCUGUGGAAUAUUUUCUUACUGCAUUAGAGCUGGAAGCCAGCAGUCCCAUAGUCCCGUUCACUGUCAUACCGAGAGAGCUUUGAAAUCAAUCACACGGGUCACAUUUAGUAUAUCUUGCAUUUUUCUUCCCAAAGAUUUAACUCGUUGAUUCAUUGAGCAGUAUUCAGCUACAAAAUACCCAGGGUACAAUCAUUCUGAGCUUUUUUAGCCAAUUUUCUUAUUACCAAGAGUUCAUAAAGGCCUCCAUUCCCUGCCAGCUCCCACCAGAAUAGGCCGGAGUUUUAUCACUCAUAGCAAUUCUUUUGAAACUGUGCGAGACAUAGCAUGAGACAUUUUGUGGGUUCAGCAUCUUACACAGGAUAGUAUCCAGAGCAGGAGAUCAUUAUUCCACAGCAGCUGCAGUGGCAUCUUUCCAGAAUAGCCUGACUGUGCUGCACCAAGAGGCCGAGCUAGAUCUGUGUGACUGCCCUCAAACAACAUGCACAUUACAGUAUGACCGUUCUUCUUCCAAGGGCCCAAGAAUCAGAAUUCUAUUUCCUCCUCCUUGUGCUGGAAGUCAGACUUUAAUUGAGGGAGUUAUCAGGGACCUUCCUGCUGCAUAGUGCAACCACUUUUAAUAUUUUUGGGUAAAAUACAGCUAGUUAACUUGGAGUAUCCUCCAACGCAUUGAUCGAUUUAUUCAUGAACCUCAGGAAUUUUUCAUUAUUUUAAAAAUCAUUUUCUAGCUACUUAUUGUUCACAUGAUCAGCUUCAUGAGACAAAGCAUUUUCUACUGUAAUAUUAACAUGUCUGUCUGGUCUGAUCAUUAUUUAAAUGUAUACACCACAUUGCUGGGCCUUUUGCUCACAUCUUUAGUGCUUCAACUAUGAUUUACUGCGUACUUCAUUCAUCUUUUAUUUUACAACAGACAUUAGUCAGUGCCUUGUUCCUGUUUUUUUUCUCCCAACCCCAGAAUAUAGUGUGAUACUUUGAGCAUGACAUUCACUAUGACAUCUUCAGUUUUAUGUGGUUUAUUUUACAAGAACACAAUAUUGCACAUUACUUAGUCAUGGGGAAGGUACGUUAUUGGUACAAGACUUGGAAUGCACAUCAAGCUGUUGGGUGACAACCUAUUCUUUGCUUCCCAAAAGUCUGAUUAUUUAUUUAAAAAGGCAAUACUCAGAUAUUAAAGGCUGAUGGACAAUAUUUAUCUCAUGUAUGUGUGUGAUGAGGGAACUCUCGUCUUCACAAAAUGCUUGCAAACCAUGAAAGUAUAUAGUUGUUUAGAAAGAUAUAUUUAUAGUGUGGUAAAUCUAUUCAUGUACUCUUUCACUUCCCUUCAAAGAAGUAACAAGUUUAAUAUUAUGAUAGCAGUGGAAAUUAUAUUUGAGAAUAUUUAAUAUUGAAGAAUGUGUUAGAACACUGCCUUUUUACAGAGUUUCUGGGUUUGAAUGCAGCUAAUAAUUUUGGAGCCUUACUUGGAGUGACAAAGAAUCUAACAAAUGGAAAUGACACACUGAAGUUGUUUCAGUAUUGAGGGCAAAUAGAGAGUUUAAGAUGCUUGUCACACCCCAGAGAAUUGCCACUGGUGGCAUUAGCUACGAAUCCUCACACGGGGGAUAUGUCAAAAUUUAACGUUAUUGGGGCAAUGCAGGGGAAGCACUGAAUUGCACUGCUUCUGGCUUGAACCACACCUUAUUUUUUGUCUGUUUACUGGAAAAAAAAAUUAAUGAGUAAUAAUUGACAAAUCACAAUAGUCUCUGGAUGACAGAAAGGGAAGUAGUCUGCAGUGGAAACAGGAAAUUAAACUGUCUUAUUUGA